AUGGAUACUACACCAAUUAGGUUUCCCUCCACAAGUAGACUCCCUAAUCACAAAUACCAAAUUAGUAAAAUGCUCACACACUUUUUUUCUUUACAAGAAGUUCUGCCUCGUAGAAUACAAACAAAAUUUUUUGAUUUUAUUCGUUCAAAAUUAUUGGAUAGAAUUAAUAUAAUACGAUCACGUGGUUCUAGUAAUAGCAAUCGUAAUAGAUCUACAAAAACUUUUUUUAAUUUUUCUUACAAAAAAUAUCGCUUUCAUUUCGGUAUUUAUAUUCCUUGUUUACCUGAUUGUACAUCUGACUCUUUAUCAGACAAACCUACUUUCCUUACACAAACUCCAAAAACUCUUUGUUUUUGUCAAAUUCCAUCCCCUUUCAUUAUGUCGCAUCAUCGACGUGCUUGCGUGAUGCAUCAGAAGAAAUUCUUUUGUAUGGAAGUGAAUCAUUUCCUGCGUCCUACUCAGAAUCUAAGGAAUGAAAUUAACAACAACAAGAGCACACAUGCAUCAAAUGUGUUUAACAAAUGGUUUUCGCACACAAAAAAAGAAGUCUAUUCAAAUCGAUUAGGAAUUAAAUACACCGUCAGUUAUUACGCUAACGGUCAUCAACAUAUUUUUAAGAAACACAACAAAUAUCGCUAUAUGUAUAAAAAGCGUUACAAUAAUUUCAGUCACAAUUAUAGUACCAAUAAUUCGACGAAAAAGAAACAAGAGGCUCGCUUUAAGCGGAAGUGUACUCGCGUUUAUAAUAAGAACAACAAAUUACGGAAGUUAAAUGAUCUACAAAAACUUAGGUUGGCUUUUCGCCGCAGAUUUCUUACCUCACCAUCACAAUAUAUAGAUAAACCGGUCACACAUCUAAGAUAUUCAAACAAGAGAAGAAGUAUUAAAAAAUCUGAUUAUAAUUUUAAUGUGCCUUUUUUUUCUUUUAAAAAGAAAGUACCCCCUAUUUGGAGAACAAAUCAUAUCACCUAUAAUUUUAGUUCUAGUUAUAAUCAUGUACCUCGAUCUCAAAAAUCUACUAGCUUCUUUAUUGAAGCUGUUACUCCUUCUACUACUUUCUGUAAAGAUAUCGUUUAUCCUCUUCCGCCGGAUAUGGACCCUGUUCCUGAUAACAUUGUUGUUCUGAACGAACUUCGCCCAUAUAUACCUGAUGGACCAAUAUAUAUGAUGGACCCAUUACCAUAUAAAAAGAGCAAAAAAGUUAGACCCCCUACAUAUACUUAUUGUAUCCCUGGAUCACGUUUGUGGUUUGAUUAUUUACGAAAGAAUAUUAAAAACGGUACUUUACCCUUUCGAGACUUUAGGGUUACCACCUCUAGUCCUAUUUCUACCCACUUUACUUUAGAUAAUACAUCAGUUAGUGACAUUACUUCACAUAAUGACAAUAAUAUACAACAAUAUAAUGACUUUUCAAAUUUACAACAAAACAUUAUGGAGAAUAAUAAACGUCAAUGGGACAUCAUCAACGUGCAACUCGAUAAUAUUAUUAUUAAAGAUUCCAAAGACACUUCUAAUCAACAAUCACUUUACAAGAAACAUAAAGGAACUUCUACCAGUUACCCUGAUGACUCCCUGGAAGAAGGUUCUACCUCUGCUCAAUAUUAA